AACCUCUAUUUAUACAACUCCCAUUUCCCUCCCUCACUCUCUUCCUCCUCCUUUCUAGGAUCGCCCCCUCUCUGAUCCCAACCCAACAAAAACUCCUCAACCGGGUCGACCCGACACCUCUCUCUUCCUCCCAAAAUGGACCUACCCAGAUUCGUAAUUGAAGCAUCCGAGGCCGAAUCAAUGGCCAAGCGAUCCAACCUCACCGUCCUCCAGCUCCUCCCCUCCUUAGUCAAACCCGCCCAGGCCCUCGCCCGCCCGCCCAUCUCCAAAUUCCACGUCGGAGCUAUCGGAUACGGGUCUUCGGGUCGGAUCUUCUUCGGCGGCAACCUCGAGUUCCCGGGUCUCCCGCUCCACUACUCCGUCCACGCCGAGCAGUUCCUCGUCACCAACCUCUCAAUCCACAACGAGUCCAAACUCGAAUACGUCGCCGUUUCGGCGGCUCCCUGCGGCCAUUGCCGUCAGUUCCUCCAAGAAAUCCGCGGAGCCCCGGAUAUCAAGAUUCUAAUAACCUCGGCCGAGUCCGGAGACGACAAUUCCGGGUUAAACCGGUUUGACCCGCUUCUCCAUUUGCUCCCCCACCGGUUCGGACCCGAAGACCUUCUCGGAGGAGACGUGCCGUUGCUUUUAGAGCACCACCACAACGGGCUGUCGUUUUUGGGCGAAACCGAGAUUUUAACCAACGAUUUUAAAUUGAAUGCAGAGUUAAAAGUCGCGGCUUUAGAGGCCGCGAACAAGUCUUAUGCUCCGUACAGUGGGUGCCCAUCUGGUGUGGCUAUUUUGGACUGUGAUGGGAAUGUGUACAAAGGGUCGUACAUGGAGUCCGCAGCUUAUAAUCCGAGCAUGGGCCCGGUUCAAUCGGCUCUGGUGGCUUACAUUGUUGGUGGGGGUUCUGGGUAUGAGAAAAUUGUAGGUGCGGUUUUGGUGGAAAAAGAUGGAGUUUUGGUUAAACAAGAGCACACAGCAAGGCUGCUCUUGCAGGCCAUUUCCCCCAAGCUUGAGUUUCGGGUUUUUCACUGCACUUCGGGUUCGAAUGCCUGUAAAAAGUCUUGAUCUUGAUGACCAUGAAUGUGAUGAGUAAUCUGAUUGUGAUCAAGUGUUGUUGCUAUUGGAUGAAUUAUGAAUCAAUGAAAUGAAUGAAGGAUGGUGAUGGUGAUGGUGAUGGUGAUGGUGAUGAUCAAUUGUAAUGUUUGAGUUUCUAAUUUAUUUUUAAUCACAGAUUUCUGUGUACUGGUUUGGACUGUACAUAAACCAAUAAGCAAUAAUGUCCUUGGCUGCAUGAUGCCAUGCAAAUUGUAAUGGAUCCACUUUGUUGUAAGUUUGUCACAAAGUAUAUGAAUCUUUUGGGCUUUUUCUCUUUUUCC